ACCACUCUGAAUCGUUGCUUCCUGGGGAUAGUCGUCAAUUGACCAUUUGACCAAGUUUAAGUUGCACUGGCACACUUACAGACCUACAUUGAAAUGAUACACAAAAUCCUAUUCUCAGUCGUCCUCAUCUUAUCGUUACUUGCUCAUGCUACUUCGGCAGACGGGACGACUUCUGGACACUUUUGUCCAACCCUAAGUUCCGCUGCAGGGAAGGGGCACGACGCGCGCCUCACUUUUCUCCAAAGGGCGCCACUGGGCCACCUCGUGUUAUAUCUCUCCGUGUGGACCGAGCAUAACCAACUGGUCAGAUGCUCUGUGAACUCCAACCCUUCCAUCACUGAAGAAUACCUCUCUCUCUGCAACGAAAAACCAGACGCGCAGACAGACGCAGCAGUCCGUCGUCUCAACAUAAGCGCGCUGCUGCUGUCUCCGAAUCCCUGCACGCCGGAUGUUGCCAGAGAGCCUGUGUCUGUCAUUCUGAAAACAGAUCGUGCCGAUGGAUGGGAUCCAGCCUCCAGAACAUCCGAGGUGAUUUCGAGGAGAAAACGCUCGUGGUUAUUCCCAGGGACUCUGUGGUGUGGUGUUGGAAGCAGCGCCAUGGAGUACAGCCAGUUAGGAAUGUUUGAGAGUGCGGACAAAUGCUGCCGUGAGCACGACCACUGUGUGCAUAUCAUCCGCUCCUUUACCGUGAACUAUGGGAUGUUCAACACCAACCUUUUUACCGUUUCACAUUGUGACUGCGACCAAAGGUUCAGACAGUGUCUCCUCGGUGUGAACGACACCAUAUCCGACAUGGUGGGCUACAGCUUCUUCAACAUCUUGAGGGUGCCCUGCUUCAACCUCGUCCGACAGAAACACUGCACGGAAAAGUCCUGGUGGGGCAGGUGCAAGGUUUCCAAAGAGGCCCCCUAUGCUGUCUUCCAAAAGUCUUUGAGUUACAACACAUCAGUCGUCACAAGCAAACCUGCUGCUGUCCCCAGCAAAGGUGUCCCCGCCGCUUGCAUAGAGGGCUGCUUACCGACGAACCCAAAGAGGAGACCCAAGGUCAAACCCACAGACACCUCUGCUCCGACAGCUGCUCGGUGUAGGCCUAGAGAGCCACCGAGAGGGGAUACUUUCCAACCCAGGAGGAGGGAGGGGAAAGCCUGCCGCAAAAGCAGGAAACAACAUGUGACAGUAUCCGUCCCAAAGCAGCAGACCCCAUCGGGGGUACGCACCACUCCUGCAACCUCAUUACCGAAGAGGCCGCGGGUCAGAGCGCAGUCGGGAACCACCAGAGUUGCUUCUGGGGUUGGCGUCUCAGGUAGUAAAAAUAUUGCUGCUGGGUUGGGGGAGGCAUACGCAAGCUUGGCUACAUCAAUCGUCACGCUCGCGUAG